UCUAACCCUGUGAUUCUAUGAGGAGAGGCAGCACCAGGGCAGGAGAGGAAAUAGUUCAGGAGGUUUCAAUGAGAUGCAAUAAACAAACAACCAGGCACGUAACACUGCACUUGUCAUCUUCUAAACACUCUACCCACAAGUGACUAAAGAGACAAAAUUGAGCAAAGGGGGAUUAUGCAUGAAUAUCAAGAAAUAUUUCCCACCUGCAACGUCUGUUAGAGGGGGGGAAUCAGGCAAGACCCACCUCUGCAGGCCUUUAAAACGGGACUGAACAAAGCCUCAGGGACUAUACUGCAGGAAACAACCUGCCCUGCUCAGACCAGGGCAGGAACAUGAUGUGACCUACUGGAUCUCUUCCAUCGCUAAAGGCUCCAUGCCUCUGACAAGGGCUGAUCAUUUCCAUGUGCCUUUUCCCCUUUAAGGGCACUUCGGGCUGUAACUUGAGAAGACCAAGUGGGGAAAAAGAAAGAAAGAAACUCGGCUGAGUUUCUCCCUCCUCCUCCGCCCUUCCCAUGCAGGCAGCAGCCACGUCACCCAGCCUGCACUGGGACAGCUAAGCAAGCUCAGACUGGGAGGGACAUUCUGGGGGACAAUCCCCUACUUUGCACUGGCACACAGGGGAGGAAGAGGGCCGUAGGCAGAUCAUAGAGUAGGUAGAAAUUGUGUCUGAUAGAACAGAGAUUAAAUAUACCAGGAGGAGGAGUGAGGGGACCAGUUUAUUCUGGAGGUAAGAAUAUCACGGGAGAAAGUUUUUAUACUAGGAAAGAGAGUUUACUCAUCUGCCAGGAGACAGGAACAGGGGACUCCAUACUCACAGAGAAAGAAAGUUUAAUUGGGAGAGAGAGUUUAACUGAUCCGGGACAGGAAAGGGAAAAGAUUCACUGCAGAGUUUUACCAGGUAACAGAGAGAAUCUCUUGGGAGAAACCAAGAGAACUCCCCAAGCCUUCCCUCCUCUUCAAAACUGCACUGAUUCAUUUGCCACGGGGAAGUUCUUGGAGCAAUGAAUAUAUUCCGGAUCCUGGGAGACGUCUCCCAUUUGCUGGCUAUGAUCAUAUUGCUGGUCAAGAUCUGGAGAUCCAAGUCCUGUGCUGGUAUCUCCGGGAAGAGCCAGAUCCUUUUCACCCUUGUCUUCACGACCCGCUAUCUUGACCUGUUCACCACCUUCAUCUCAGUCUAUAACACCGUGAUGAAGGUCAUUUUCUUGGUGUGUGCCUACAUCACAGUGUAUAUGAUCUAUGUGAAGUUCCAGAAAACAUUUGACAGAGAGCAUGACUCCUUCCGUCUGGAAUUCCUCUUGGUCCCUGUCACAGGCCUGUCAUUUCUGGAGAACCACAGCUUUACCCCCUUAGAGAUCCUCUGGACUUUCUCCAUCUACCUGGAAUCAGUGGCCAUCCUUCCUCAGCUCUUCAUGAUCAGUAAGACAGGGGAGGCAGAGACCAUCACGACCCACUACCUCUUCUUCCUGGGUCUCUAUCGUGCACUCUACCUUGCCAACUGGAUCUGGCGCUACCAUGCAGAGAAUUUCUAUGACCAGAUUGCCGUGGUUUCUGGGGUGGUGCAGACCAUCUUCUACUGUGAUUUCUUCUAUCUCUACGUCACUAAAGUCCUGAAGGGAAAGAAGCUAAGUCUCCCAAUGCCAGUCUGAAAACAGCACCACACAACACAAGAAGUUCCUGCAGAUGCAGUUCCAAGGUCACAGCUUUCUUCUUCUGCCCCAUCGACAAAAGUGGCUCAGCUAAGAAUCUCAACUCAGCACCAGUAAUAUAGUGAGGCUUGGAUGGCUGAUAAGCUCUUGAUCUGCUUAGGGCUUUUCCUUAAAAUGUCUGCUAGUGUUUUUGCUGAAGUGAAUUUUGUACUGGUGAAUGGUUCUGGCUAGCGACUGAAGUCCUCUAUCCUCAGUUUUCAGAGUAACAGCUGUGUUAGUCUGUAUCCGCAAAAAGAAAAGGAGUCCUUGUGGCACCUUAGAGACUAACCAAUUUAUUUGAGCAUAAGCU